AGUACGUUAAUAUGGCCAAAACAAUCUGGCAACGCUGCUAACCCCCAAAUGCUCGUGGUCGUCUGUAAACAAACCGAGUACAGGGCGUCAUGGGAGGCAAACCAUCCUUGUCUUUGGCGUCUUUAUAACCAUCUUAAUUCCCAAAUUUAACGGUUUAAUAAUUGACUAGUUCCUGAUUGCCUCUGUGGCGUCGAGGCGGUGGUAAGCCAAGACUUCUAGUAUGUUUCUCCAGAAGGUGUAUGUGCUCGACAUGAGGGCCCAGCAACUACUCCGGCCCCUUGCUUGCCGCUCACUGGCCACCUCACACCCAAGGGCGGAAAUAAAGGCAGCAGCCGAAGAGGAAUUUCGCACUCUGGAAAUAGGAAGGAAGAAAAGAGAGAGAUUUACUGCAAAGACAUUCAAGCCUGCCACUAUGUUGCCUCCCAGGUACAAGCAACAAAAGACAGAUCAGGAUUGGGGUAGUGUGUGGCCAGCUGCCAGGACAUUCCAUCCGGCCACUGUGCCUUUCCCAGUACGGCAGGGAUAUCCAGCCUCAGGGCAGCCUACGCCAGACAAAUGGGCAAAUGCUGAACUAAUGAAAAUACCUAAUUUCCUUCAUCUGACUCCUCCUGUAAUAAAACGACAAUGUGAAGCACUGAAAAAAUUCUGCACUCCCUGGCCUGCUGGACUUGAAACUACAGCCAAACAGGAGAAACAUUUUCCAGUUACUGUCUCCAAGAGUUCAUAUCUACACUCAUCUCCUACUAUAAGGGACCCAAAGGCACGAAUAGUUACAUUGAAGGUACAUCUGAGAAGCUUGGACUUGGAUUACCACGGGCGAGACAAGCUGCUGCGCCUGGUGGGAGAGCGAUAUGAUGCCGACACAGACUGCCUUACACUGGUGGCGGAUCGCUGUCCACUCUCCCAGCAAAAUUAUGACUACUGCCAGUACCUCCUGACUGUCCUGUACAAUGAAUCUAUGAAAACAGAGCCAUGGGAACAUGAGAAGGAACUGGUGGACCUCGAAAAGUAUGUCUGGGAGGGCAGUCCUUCACAAGCAGCAGCACAGAAUGUGGUAACUGCAAGGGGCAUCAAUGAUGCUGAGGAACUUUUGAAGGAGUAUGGACAGGUUGUGACAGACCUUCACAAUGAGGGUGAAGAUGAAGCAACAGUCUUAAGGUAUCAAGAGAGUGUGAUGAAGUUGUUGGGUCUGACUGAUCCCCAGGACACUGCCACUGCCAGUGAACCUAAAUAUAUUCAAGGCGAGGUGUGCUAAGAGGAACUUGAAUUGAUUCUCAAAUUUUUGGGAAUAACAUGAACUCCAUUUUUUAUUGUAUAUUAAUAUGAUCAUGUAAUUAGUGUUUCAAAGAAAAGUAGUAAAGAAAUUGCCACAAA